ACACCUGGAAGUAUAUUGAGUCCACACGAGAUCUCGUCAAGGACCUGAAGGCGAGAGUAGUGCAGGGUCAGGAGAAUGUGAAAAAGAUCUCCGCGCUGAUGUCCACGUGGAACAAAUGUCCCCUCUUUGAACGCAAAGAGGGCAAACGAGAGGCCCUGCUGGCUCUGGAGGACAGGGAAGAACGUGCCUGCAAGCGGUACAGCGAGAUCUCAGAAGCAGGCGAGCGGAUCACUGCCAUCCUUGAGGAAAAUCGCCAGCUGUUUCGCGCGGAAGCUGACUCCGAGGCUUGGCGUACCUAUGUGGAAGAGAUUGACACAAUUGUACGUGAUGGCUUCCUCAGUGCCAUCCGUUGCAGUCUCGUCUACCUUCUCGACGAGACAGAAGACACCCCAACCCUUGCACCUCUCUUUGAAGUGCAAAUGGAUCUCGUGGUGAGUACCGAUCAGCAUCCUGGAUUUUGUGAUGGUUGCAUUUCACAGCAAAGUCACAAAUUUGUGCACACUUCGACUAGUAAAAUAGAGUAA